AUGACUUCAAAUGCGUCGGCACCAAUGGACCACCAUUUCCACAACGAAGAUCUUCCAUCGCUAUUGUUUCGAAUAAUUCCCGUCGUCUUAUACAGUGGAUCUAACAAGGUAGCUACGUACGCGUUUCUCGAUGAGGGGUCCAAUAUCUCGAUGAUCGAACGACAGUUAGCAGCGAAGCUUGAUGUGACUGGCUACCGGCAACCGCUGUGUCUAAAAUGGACUGGCAACGUGACGAGGGAAGAAAAUGAUUCACACCGGAUAGUUGUAGAGAUUUCUGGAACUGAUCAACGAGCGCCGAAGUAUAUUAUGUCCGAUGUAAGAACCGUUGAUUCACUUGACCUGCCCAAGCAAAGUUUGUCAAUCAAGAAGCUAGCUGAAAGGUUCAAACAUCUGCGAAAUCUAUCUAUUAAGGAAUACUACGACGUUACACCUCAGUUAUUUAUUGGGGCUGACAAUCUGAAGCUGGCUGUACCACUCAAGGUAAGAGAAGGUCUGUUGUGGAAAUACGACGAUUUUGAAUUUUCCGACAGCUAUCCCAUGGCAGUUGAGCGGCUACAAUGUCUGGAGCGCAGGUUAGCCAAAGAUCCGAUGCUCAAGAAGAAUGUCCAGAAGCAGAUCUAUGAAUAUGAGCAAAAGGGUUAUGCACACCGUGCGUCACCUGAGGAAUUGAAUAGCGGGGAUCUUCGUCGCGUGUGGUAUUUACCGCUGGGAGCCGUGACCAACCCUAGAAAGCCAGGAAAGAUACGGCUUAUCUGGGACGCUUCAGCGAAAGUGGACGGUGUCUCCUUGAACAGCAUGCUACUAAAAGGGCCGGAUCAGAUGACUCUACUGCCUGCGGUACUCUUUCGUUUCCGGCAAAAACCAGUCGCCGUGAGUGCCGACAUAAAAGAAAUGUUCCAUCAGGUACGUAUUCGUCCAGAGGACCGUCACUCGCAGCGGUUUGUGUACCGAACGGACCCAACAUCGCCCCCGGAAACAUAUCUAAUGAAUGUGGCCACCUUUGGCUCAACUUGCUCCCCGGCCACCGCACAAUUUGUAAAAAAUAAGAAUGCCAACCAGUUCAUCCAUGAGUACCCUAGGGCGGUGCAAGGAAUCAUCCACAAUCAUUAUACAAACAGUCGGAACGGGUGCUCGGCAUUCACUGGGAUACUGAAGCCGACGAAUUUCGAUUCAACACGUCAUUGCCGAAAGAUAUUACCCAUCUACGAGCCAACGAAGCGUCAGCUGGCACGAUGUGUUAUGCCGUUUUUUGAUCCUCAAGGAUUUUUGGCACCAUACUUGAUAUUCGGGAAAGUACUGUUGCAGGACACCUGGCGCGAUGGAACUGGCUGGGAUCAACAGAUCUGCGACGGAACGUUCAAACGAUGGAAGGAAUGGAUAAGUAUGUUGGACAAUAUCAACCAUGUGAGCAUUCCAAGGUGCUACUUUUCCAAGGGCGAUCUUUCAACAUUGGAGAUGCAUACGUUUGUGGAUGCCAGCGAGACAGCAUAUUCAUGCGUCUCGUACUUCCGAAUUGCGAAUCCCUACGGAAUAGCAGAGGUGGCAUUUGUAGCAGCGAAGACCAAGGUAGCCCCUCUAAAACCAACAACCAUUCCUCGUCUAGAGCUCAUGGCAUGUGUGCUGGGAGUACGGCUUGCCAAAUACGUGGUCGAUGGGCAUUCACUAGCCGUUCAAGAACACUUUUUUUGGAGCGAUUCCGAGGUUGCAAUGAGCUGGAUUAACGCGGAUCCCCGAAAGUAUCGGCCAUUUGUUGCUUUUAGAGUGGGGGAGAUUUUGGAAAAAUCAAAUCGUGAAGAAUGGCGCUGGAUCUCGUCCAAGCUGAACCCAGCAGACGAGGCAACGAAGUGGGGAUCAGGACCUUAUUUCGACAAGGGUAGCAUUUGGUACAGUGGACCCGUAGAAUUUCUUCGCUAUCCUGCACCUCGGUGGCCACCAAGGAAAACCUGUGAGGUGGUGACGGACGAAAUACGGGCCUGUUAUGCUCAUCAUGAAUCGCAAACGCCGGUGCAAUUGUUGAACGUCGAAAAGUUUUCCUCUUGGAAAAAGAUGCUACGCGUGAUGGCAUAUGUUUGUCGGUUCGUGGACAACUGUCGAACGCCAGCCAUGGGUCGGAGAAACGGUCAUCUAACACAGCUCGAGUUCCAGAAGGCGGAGGAAUGUCUGUUUCGAGCAGUACAAUGGGAGUCAUACACCGACGAAAUGGCUACUUUGACCAGUAAUCAACUACUCCCAGUACAGGACCGCCAACCACUGGAAAAAUCCAGCCUUCUCUAUAAGACUUCGCCGAUGUUAGAUACUGCAGGGAUAUUGCGGGUAGAUGGCAGAAUCGGCGCGGUUCAAAACGUUCCGCACGACAUGAAAUUCCCGAUCAUUCUUCCGAAAGGACACCGUCUGACCUUGCUGGUUCUUGAUGAUCUGCAUCGCAAGUUACUGCACGCCAACAAUGAAACUGUCGUCAAUGAAGCACGGCAGCGCUACUACAUAGCACAAUUGCGCACUCAAGUUCGCUAUUGGUGA